AUGAGCACCAAUCGCUGGCAACGUACGCAUCGGUCCAUUAAGAUCCCAAAUGUCAAACUACGCCCUCCUACGGCCCGGCCACCUACCGAAGCUGAUCUAGCUGGCGCCGAAGACGAUGCGCAUUUCCGGCGGACGCGUGAUCGUGGCGUGACGAGUGGCGCGCAUGCAGCAGCCGACUUCUGCGGGACUAGUACGAUGCCACUUCGUGGCGUCGUGCUGAGUUUCACAGGCUUGCCAGACAAGCGCGAGCUGAUGACGAUGGCCGAGCAAAUGGGCGCGCGCGUCACAGCCAACUUGACGAGCGACGUGACGCACCUCGUCGCUUCACGGCCUGGCUCAGAUAAGUACCGUGCUGCUGUGCAGUUUCAUAUGCAUGUGGUGCGUCCCGAAUGGCUCUAUCGAAUCCGCGAAGCAUGGCUCGCUGGCGAUGAUCAUAUGGCCUGGGAGGCCUGGGCAGACGAAUGGCGCCUACGUCCUCUCGAAGGCCUAUGCAUUGCGCUUAGCGGCAUUGCCUCGGCAGAGCGUGCGCCCUUGAUCGCCCAGAUGGAGCGGCUCGGUGCCACGUGGGCACCUAAGCUGGUAUGGGAUGGGAGUGUGACACAUAUCGUGUGUGGCGAUGCUUCCACCCGACCACGAAAAGGCGUCGAGCAGGUAGUAGCGCAGCGUACGCUGGCGGCCCAAGUAGGCGCUUCAGCUGCGGCGCUUUCCCCUGCUAUGACGGCUGCUAUGCAACUGCAUCUCGUACAUCGCGCCUGGCUGGACGAUUGUGCGACGACAGGUGUGUUGCUACCAGAAGCCGAGUACGAUGCCUUGCAGCCGCCGACACCUGACGUGUGGGCACUUCGUGUUCGUUCGCGCAUGGACCAGGCGCGUGCACGGCCGAAUUUGCAGCGCACAGAGAGUGUGCCUGUCACAGCAACGAUAACGGCCAGGCCUGCGAAUGACAUGCUAUCGCAUGUCGUCGCGGCGCAUGCCACGACGUCGCCGGCGCCUGCAAGCCAGCCACGCGGCUCACUAGUGACAUGGUCGCGCGAAAGCCGCUUUGCAUCUGUGCCGCCGCCACUACACCCUGCGCAGCGGCCAGCCACAGGCACAACGACAGCCGCAACGUCGGGCCUCUUUGCGGCUGUGCCUAUGUAUGUUGACAUGGACGACGACGAAAAGACGCGCCGCGUCGUAACAGCUGUCGAGAAGGCGGGCGGCACGAUCGUGGAUGAGGCAGCGCAGGCUAUGUACGCCAUUCGGCCCCUCACAUCGAUGCCUUCUACAUCCGCGCAACACGACGUAACGCACCACUGGCUUGAAUUGUGUUUGUACGAAGAACGGGUCAUGGCGCCUACCAUCCACCCUGCUCUGCGUCCCACGCAUCGAUCUCUGCCUCUCACCGAAGCACGGGGUUGGCGUAUUGCGAUGUCUGGCGUGGACCGGCAAAGUCCCAUGUACUUUCAUACGUGCGCUGCUGUGCAGGCGCUCGGCGCACAGGUCCAUGACGUACUGUCGAAGCAGACGACGCAUUUACUAUGUACAGACGAGGCACGUCAUGGCCCCAAGGCGCAAAAAGCGACAGAGUGGCACAUCCCUCUGGUCGAUAUAGCGUGGCUGGAGUCGCUCUUGCAUCCGACGGCGAAUCCGACGUCGCCACCGUCGCGGGCCGAGCCAACGACGUGGCAGCGUACUGUCUCCGACGAAAAGGUGGCACCCGUGCGGACCUUUACACGGACGCUCUCUGACUCGUUCACGCCAGGCGAUGGCGAGUCGGUGCCGCGGCGCCGUGCUCGGCCACGACGAUAUGGUCCAACGCGUCUUGGCGGCGCCUCGUCGCUCACCACAGAGUCCUCUGUAUGGUCCGAUACAGCAUGGACGCCACCACCCGCACCACCUGACGAUGAACCGAUAUCGUCGACGCCCGUCGAUCUGCCAGCCUCGCAUGUCCUGUACGACGACCCAGCCGCCCGACGAGAACAGACACGUCUUCGCGCGUUGGUCGAGGAUAUGACGGCCGAGCCAUCGCGGAUAAAAAGGCCUAAGACCUAG